GUGCCUCCAUCUCCCUGAUGGACAAGGAGGGCUUGACAGCCCUCAGCUGGGCGUGUCUGAAGGGCCACCUCUCCGUGGUGCGGUCCCUGGUGGAGAACGGCGCUGCCACCGACCACGCGGAUAAAAACGGACGCACUCCGCUGGACCUGGCGGCUUUUUAUGGCGACGCAGAAGUGGUGCAGUUCCUGGUGGACCACGGGGCCAUGAUCGAGCACGUUGACUACAGCGGGAUGCGGCCCCUCGACAGGGCGGUGGGCUGCCGCAACACCUCGGUGGUCGUCACUCUCCUGAAGAAAGGAGCAAAGAUAGGUUGUCAGACGUUACCGAGUCGCCCACGAGGUCCAGCAACGUGGGCGAUGGCAACCUCCAAACCAGACAUCAUGAUCAUCCUGUUGAGCAAGCUGAUGGAGGAGGGAGACAUGUUUUAUAAGAAAGGUAAAGUGAAGGAGGCUGCCCAGCGCUACCAGUACGCUCUGAAAAAGUUCCCCAGGGAAGGGUUUGGAGAAGACCUGAAAACCUUCCGCGAGCUGAAGGUGUCCCUCCUCCUCAACCUCUCCCGAUGUCGAAGGAAAAUGAACGAUUUUGGAAUGGCGGAGGAAUUUGCUACUAAAGCACUGGAGCUGAAACCGAAAUCUUACGAAGCUUACUAUGCAAGAGCGAGGGCCAAGCGCAGCAGCAGGCAGUUUUCCGCAGCCCUGGAGGACCUGAACGAGGCUAUCAAGCUGUGUCCCAACAACCGGGAGAUCCAGCCGCCGCCGCUCCCAGCGGAGCCCGAACCCGAAGCCCAGCAUGAAGAACUCUAUUCUGUGCAAGAUAUUUUUGAAGAGGAAUACCUCGAGCAGGAUGUCGAGAACGUUUCCAUUGGCUUGCAGACAGAGUCCAGGCCAAACCAAGGGCUGCCCAUCAUCCAGAGCCCACCCCCGUCCCCAGCUCACCGGGACUCAGCCUAUAUUUCUGGCUCACCUCUUGGCUCUCAUCAGGUGUUUGAUUUCAGGUCCAAUAGCUCAGUGGGUUCACCAACCAGGCAAGGGUACCAGUCCACAUCUCCUGCUCUGUCUCCGACCCACCAGAACUCACAUUAUAGACCCAGUCCUCCGCACACGUCCCCUGCUCACCAGGGCUCCUCCUACCGCUUCAGCCCACCUCCCGUCGGAAGCCAAGGGAAGGAAUAUCAAAGCCCACCACCUUCUCCUCUUCGUAGAGGUCCUCAGUAUCGAGCCAGCCCCCCAGCAGAAAGCAUGAGCGUUUAUAGGUCACAGUCGGGUUCCCCGGUGCGUUAUCAGCAAGAACCAAGCGCGGUCAGCCAGCUCCCCGGCAGACCAAAGUCUCCGUUAUCCAAGAUGACGCAGAGAUCUUUCCAGAUGCCCCAGCUCCCCGUGGCCGUGCCGCAGCCGGGGCUGAGGCUGCAGCCAGCCAAGGCGCAGAUUGUGAGGAGCAACCAGCCCAGCCCCGCCGUCCAUUCCAGUACCGUCAUCCCAACCGGCGCCUACAGCCAGGUUGCCCACUCAAUGGCCAGCAAGUACCAGUCGGCGUCGGGGGAAAUGGGGGUCAGCCAGAGCAGGUUGGUCUACCAGGGCUCCAUCGGUGGCAUCGUGGGUGACAGCAGACCUGUGCAGCACGUUCAGGCCAGCCUCAGUGCAGGAGCCAUCUGUCAGCAUGGAGGGUUGGCCAAGGAAGACCUUCCACAGAGACCGUCCUCGGCGUACCGGGGGGGUAUGAGGUACAGCCAGACCCCUCAGAUCGGGCGAAGCCAGUCCGCUUCCUACUAUCCCGUGUGUCACUCGAAGCUUGACCUGGAGCGUUCGUCCAUCCCCGCCAGCCAGCUGGGCUCUCCGGAUGUGUCCCAUCUCAUAAGAAGGCCCAUCACAGUUAAUCCCAGCGAAAUCAAGCCUCACCCGCCGACUCCGAGGCCCCUGCUCCACUCUCAGAGCGUCGGCCUGCGCUUCUCUCCUUCCAGCAAUAGCAUCUCCUCCACCUCCAACCUGACUCCCAACUUCCGCCCUUCCGCGUCGAUUCAGCAAAUGGAGAUUCCUCUGAAGCCAGCUUACGACAGAGCGUGCGAUGAACUUUCUCCGGUCUCUCCCACGCAAGGGGGUUACCCCAGCGAGCCAGCCCGUUCCCGGACCACGCCGUUCAUGGGAAUCAUCGAUAAAACCGCUCGGACUCAGCAGUACCCCCACCUCCAUCAGCAGAACCGGACCUGGGCCGUGUCGUCAGUGGACACCGUCAUUAGUCCGACGUCUCCUGGCAAUCUCCCCCAACCGGAAUCAUUUAGCCCGCCUUCGUCGAUCAGCAACAUUGCCUUUUAUAACAAAACCAACAAUGCCCAGAAUGGCCAUUUGCUAGAGGAAGACUAUUACAGCCCCCAUGGGAUGCUGGCCAAUGGGUCCCGGGGAGACCUCCUGGAGAGAGUCACCCAAGCCUCCUCCUAUCCCGACGUCAAGGUGGCAAGGACACUGCCGGUGGCGCAGGCCUACCAGGACAACCUGUACAGGCAGCUCUCCAGGGACUCCAGGCAAGGGCAGACGUCCCCAAUCAAACCAAAGAGACCGUUUGUGGAGUCUAAUGUGUAA